CUUAACUCUUAAAGCACAGGGGUGGGCAGAGGCGCUGGCCCCAGGGUGCCGGAGAGCAGCUGGCGUGGGACAUGGGGGGCUCCCCGCCCGCGAGGCAGCGGCAACGAAGAGGUUAUGUCCCCAGCCCUGGUGGGGGGAUAAAUUGAGGGUGCGACGCUCCCCACCGUCCCCACCGUCCGGACCUGCCUGUCACGAUGGCCCCAGGAAGAGUCCUCCUCUGCUCGCUGCUGCUCCUGUCACUGCAGUUGGGCCUCGGCUGGGGCCCUGGUGUUCGGGGGGCCCCGGUGGUGGAGGGAGAGCUCCGAGGGACCCAGAGGCCACAGCUGGGUAAGGUCUCCCCCCGGGCCCCGCGUGGCCGCCCACGCCGAGCCCUGGCCAGCCCGUGCCAGCUGUGGAGCCUGUCCCUGCCUGUGGCCGAGCUGGGUCUGGGCUACGCGUCGGAGGAGACGGUCACCUUCCGCUACUGUGCGGGCAGCUGCCCCCGCGGCGCGCGCACCCAGCACGGCCUGACGCUGGCCUGGCUGCGGGGCCAGGGCCGAGCCCUCGGCGGGCCCUGCUGCCGGCCCACCCGCUACGCCGACGUGGCCUUCCUCGAUGACCGCCACCGCUGGCAGCGGCUGCCCCAGCUCUCGGCGGCUGCCUGCAGCUGCGGCUGA